GAGAAAGGGCAUAGGCUCAUUCAAAGGGUUUGACUGAAGUAUAUAGUUCCUUGGUGUAAUUCUUUUGACCUUUGUCUUAGUCCAAGGAUAUGGUUUUGUUGUGGCAAGAACACUUCGACCAAGACAAUGGCAUCCUGAACUGCUGAUAUUCCUUCAUUGAAAUCAUGUCAGUUGCAGAUUAUAGUUCCACGUAGACAAAGGAGCAAAUAACCCUUCAAUAGUAUGCUGAGUUCAGAAGACAAGACCAUGGAGUCUAGAAAACCUGUUCACAAACUUUCUGAAACAAUUCAUUCUUUACUAGGAUGGAAAUCACAUGUGACUUCCAACUGGGUCAAAUCUGUUUGUGAUAUAAUGAAAAGUGCACCACCUGAUGGUGCAUCUAUCAUUUCAAAACCGAUAAAUGGUGUAAUGGAGAAUUCAAUGAAGAAGAAAAAUGAUGAACUGCAUAAUUCCGUUUUGAAAAUUGAAGAUGAAAUUGUAGCUUUAACGGCCUACAUAAAUCAACUGAACACACAGAGAAGGCAGGUACUAAAUGAGUUUCUAGAUUUGAGAGGGAACAUUCGUGUCUUUUGCCGAAUUAGACCCAUUGCAGUUCCAGAGAACUUUGGCCAGUUAAAAGCAGUUGCAGCUUUGGAUUCAAGUAAUGUUGUUUUAAAACUAGCAGAGAACAAAAGUAAAACUUACAGCUUUGACAAGGUUUUCCAUCCAGGUUCAUCACAAGAUGAAGUCUUUGCAGAAGUAGAGCCAGUUAUUAAAUCAGCCUUGGAUGGUUACAACGCAUGUAUAUUUGCGUACGGACAGACUGGCACUGGAAAAAGCUUCACCAUGGAAGGUAUUCCACAGUCUCCGGGAGUGGUAGCUCGUUCAAUGGAGGCAAUUUUUAAACAGGCAGUGGAUAGCAACCACGUAUAUGUCUUCACAUUCAGUAUGCUUGAGAUUUACCUGGGAAACCUAAAAGAUUUACUUGUUCCUCAGCCAACAAAAGUAAUGGAUCCUACGCCACCAUGUCUCUCAAUCCAAACAGAUCCUAAGGGAGGGAUUGACAUUGACAACCUUGUGGCUAUUCCAGUGACUGACGUCAACCAAGCAUUGAAGCUGUACAAAUUAGGAUGCCGGUUUAGAUCAACUGCUUCUACAAAUUCAAACAAAACAUCAAGCAGAUCACAUUGCUUGAUCCGCCUAUCAAUCACAUGUCUUGAUGCUCCUGAGAGGCGCAGAGAAACAAAUAAAUUAUGGUUUGUCGACCUUGGCGGAAGUGAGCGCGUGCUUAAGACAAAGGCUUCAGGAAGAAGACUUGAUGAAGGGAAGGCCAUCAAUUUGUCACUUUCUGCUCUUGGGGAUGUCAUCCAUGCACUUCAAAAGAAAAAUUGUCAUGUACCUUAUAGGAACAGCAAGCUAACACAAGUUCUUAAAGACUCCCUUGGAGAAGAUUCGAAAACCCUGAUGUUAGUGCAUGUUAGUCAAAAGGAAGAAGAUAUAUGCGAGACAUUGUGCUCUUUAAAUUUUGCAACAAGGGUGAGAAGCAUUCAUUUGGGGAACAUGGAUUCAAAUGAAGAAAGAGCACAAAAGGAAAUUGCAAUAGCACACAUGCAGAAAAAAAUGAAAAUGAUUGAAGAUGAACGCCAAGAUGUCAGAGGAAAGAUUGAAAAGUUUAAUGAAGAAUUACAGAAACUAACAGGGACAGCUCCAUCUUCUAAUGAUCAAUUAGAGGCUUCUCAUUUGUUGAGCAAAUUUAACCAACAUAAUCUUGAAGCAACAAGGAGAAAAACAACAGAAACUAAAGAAGCUCCUUUAUCAAGGAUACCAAGAUUUAUGAAGCCUACUGUUUGUAGCACAAGAAAAUAUGGAGCAGACAGCCAAACGUCUGAAGAGAAAGUGAAAUUCCCUGCAAGAAGAAGAAGGCCAUCGUCCCAUCGUGCUGAGUCUGUGAGUUUCCCUGUAAAACGUAGAUCAGAAAACAAUUCAGAAUGCAGUAUCUCAAGAAAUAGCUGUUUGGGGGAUUUGAAUGUGAAAAGUAAUGCAGAUGAAACAGAAUACAGUCAGGAUGCAACUGAAUGUGAUAUAAAAAGUAUAAUAUUCAUGGAACAUGAAAUAUCAUCAAAGAGUUCAACUCAGCAAAAGGGUUGCCUUGUCAGCAGUGAUGGAUAUGGAAAAGGAAAGAAAAAUAGCUUUAUCUCUACAAACUUUUCAAAAGUUGACAACUGGCUACGUUUGCACAAGAAUGAACCUACGGUGAGUACUACUUCUCAAAAAAGCAAAAGGGUUCUAGCAAUUCCUGCCCCAGAGAAGAAACAUAACUAUAAGUUCACAAAGAAAACGAUUGCAAACAAUGAAAAACAUGAAAGUUAUGUUGAUGUUUUAGGAUCUGGAAGGUUGAAACAAGUAGAAAUUCAUAAACCUCCAACAAAUAUGGAAAAUAUUAUCGAUGCGCACUCAAUAUGUGACUCAAAAUAUCCACCAGAAACACUAAAUGGUGAGACAAUACUACACACAAAAAGCUUGGGAGAUAUGUUUAUGGAGGAAAGCCAGAGCAACUUACGUUCUCCACCCAAAAUCUGGGGAAGUUGUUAUGAUAUGAAUCAAGAUGGUGGCAGGGUCAACCAAACAUUUACAAUGCAGAAGGAAGGCAGAGCACAAUCCCCAGAAACUACCUUUCCAGAAAAGAAUUCAUGUUGCAAAUUCUCUCCAUCUAAAAUAUCCCAUUGUACGUUUGAAACAAGAGAUGAUUCAGGCUCAUCAAUGUCAGUAUCAGAACAAGACCUACAAUGUUUACUAUUGCCUACGGAGAUGACAGAGUCAGUAUCACAACAAGAUUUACAGUGUUCACAAUUUCUUACAGAGAUGACAGUAUCAGAACAAGAGCUACAGUGUUCACAAGUGCCUACAGAGACAAGUACAUAUGAAAGUGAUAGCGAAGACUUGGACACAAUAGAUCAGAUAUCAGAAAAUUUAAAUGAAAAGACAAGGCCAAGACCUGGUAUACAUAAUAUGCGAACACAAAGGGCCUUAUUCAUAGAUAAUAAGAACCCAAAGGAGCUGAUCGAGACAUUAGUGAAACCGCAACAAAAUACAGAAGUCUUAGGUAUAUGUAAUCAUAUUAUAGGGAAAGUUCAGAUACUUGGGGCCAGUGCACUUCUAGCAUCAGGGUUCAACAAUUUGGGACUUGAGCACGAGUUUUUCAACGGCCUAAUCCUAUGAACCGAAUCCAGAGACAGGGGAAAAAAUCUCCCUUGAGCAGUAGCCAUGGUGGUUGAGAAGAAGAUUUCGAGCCCUUCUUUUUUAAACAGUGCUGCAUAAUUCCAAUAUCCUAGCAACUCACAUUCAGCCCAAAAAAGCAACCCUCUACUUAGACAAAUGGGCAAUGAUACAGGUACAAACAAAGGCCCUCCUGUGUAGCAUCAUAAUGUGUUCGUGAAACGUCAUUACAAUUAUUAUCGCUGAAUAUCCAGCACCUUGGAUGUUCCUUGAAAUCAGCUAACUUGGCCAUCUAAAUUAAUGUAUGUGUAUAGAACAAUUUUUCUAUCAUUUUUGUAAUUACACUUAUAAAUAUAUAUAUUGUUUCAUUUGGUUUGAACAUAUGAACAUCAAAGGGAACCUCCCUGAAUUAUUGGCCAAACCAUGAAAUGCGGUAAGGGCUUUUGAUCAUAUGUACAUUCAAGUUCCAUUUCUCAACACAAGUUGGAAUCAUUUUUUUCAGUUCAGGAAGCAAAGGCCUUUAUAUUCUUCAUGCACCCUCUGACUAAAACGGAUCGAGUGGUAAACGUUUUGCGAAUUAAAUUUAUUAAAUCCAAUUCACUCAUCAAAUGUAAGAAGCUCAUCUCUUUCCUUCUGAAGAUGCCCAGCAACCUUCAACUGAUUGAAUAUAUCAUAUAAAACUUCAUAAAUCUUAUACAUCUCCGAAUGUGAUGUAUCUCCUGCAAUAAAUUCAUGAACUCUGUUGUUGAUUUCAAUGGAACUUCCACCGGGCAUCUUCUUAACACCUGUAUCUCUCAUGACCUUCCUUAUCAUCCCAGAUUCAUCCCAGCUACCAGAAGCAGCAUAUAUAUUAGACAAAAGAGUAUAAUUUCCACUAUUCUGGGGCUCCAACAUCAUAAGUUGCUGCAAUGCAUGCUCUCCAAGUUCAGCAUCACCAUGUAUAUUGGAAGCAGCAAGAAGAGAUCCCCAUAUUGCUGCAUUCGUUUGAAAUGGCAUUCCCUUAACAAGUUCACAUGCCUCUUGAAGAUAACCAGCCCGCCCCAGUAAAUCAGUCAUGCACCCAUAGUGCUCAACUUUCAAUUGAAUUCCAUAUCUUGAGGCCAUGUUGCUGAAGAACCAGCGCCCCAUUUCAACUAACCCAGCGUGGCUACAAGCAGAAAGAAUGGCAAUAAAAGUUAUUUCAUUAGGCUUAACUAGAGCACUUUCCAUUUGAGAAAACAUUUCAAUUGCUUCUCUUCCAAGACCAUGAAGAGCUAGCCCAGACAUCAUUGUUGUCCAAGUUACGACACUUCUCUGUUUCAUACUUUGAAAAACAUCUAGUGCCUUUCUUAUGUUGCCUGACUUUGCAUACAUGUCAAUGAGUGCAUUAUUAAGAUGAAGCUUUCCAGAAAAUCCACGCUUCUGCAUAUAGUUAUGGAUCCUCUCCCCCAACACUACUGAACCCAAAUGAGCACAAGCAGAAAUUACAGCCAAGAUUGUAACUUCAUCAGGCUCCAUAUUCUCAAGCUGCAUUCGUCUAAACACCAUGACAGCCUCUUUUGGCCUCUUCAUCUUAGCAAACCCGGCAAUCACCGAAGUCCACGAAAUCAAAUCUCUCUCAGGCAUUCGUUUAAAGACCUUCCAUGCAUUAUCAACAUCAGCCACCUUAACAUAACCUGUGACCAUGGCAUUCCAGAGCGCCACAUCUCUCAUGCUCAUUCCAUCAAACACUUUCCGGGCAUCCAAAACACAUUCACAAAAAGAAUACAUCCGAACGAGUGAAGUACCCACACAAACAUCCGAGUCCAACCCAGUUCCUAUAACUUGACAAUGAAUCUGACGACCGACGUCAACUGCAGAGAGCCGAAUCACAGCCUUCAAAACGCAGGGAACAGAAUAAGUGUCUGGUCGCAAACCGGUGGCAAAAAUGUUGUUGUAGAGGGAUAUGGCGAGUGAAGGAGAGAGAACGUUGAUCAUGGUGUUGUAAAGAUAAAUGUUGGGCUUCGGUUUCUUGUGAUUGAAAACCAUGUAGGCGUAGGUGGAAUGGCCGAGAGAAGAGCAAGCUUGGAUGAAGUGGGCAAAGAUUACAUUGUCGUUCUGAAGAGCAGUGAGAACCAUAAAGGCGUGAGCUUGACGAAUGUGCUUCAGGGAAGAGCAGUGGCUGAGAAAGGAGACCAAGUGAAGGUUCAUUUGGUGGUUGAGACAGUUGGGGCGAUCAGGUUCUUUGGCCUUGCUCGCAUUGAGUUGGCUUUAUUACGACCUUAUGGUCCUCUACGAGGGCGCACACUCAUCAGUUAAUAUUUAGUGGGAUGUUUCGGGUUGUGAUGGUGCGCAUUUUUCACCAAUUUAUUGAAUCACACCACAUAUACCUCAAAAUUGCACAAACUACAGGUGUUCAUCUACACUGGACAAAUUGCCCACACUACAUCAUACCCUACAAAACUUUAACAGUGUGUUUGGUAGAAGGGGAUUUCGGCUAUGUUUGGCAC